GCAAAAAAAAAAAAAAAAUCUCACACACGAACAAAAAAAAUGGGCGAUUGUAUGAGGAGCUAUAAACGAAGUGUAGAAAGAGCGGAAAUGGAAGCUUCGAAAAAAAGGUUAUUGUUAUCAAAGAGAAGAAAAUCCGUUGUUUCUAUAGAAUUACAGGAACUGGCGUUAGCUUCACCGGCGGACGUUGAGUUGGACAACGCUAUAACUGCCGCUUCUGCUACUUCCGACGUAGUAUUCGCCGGUGACAAGUGUUGCAGACUUAGCCACGACGAGUUUUCUUUUUCUAGUUGUUUUAGCAAUGGCUGCUGUGAUGUUGUCAAGGAUAGCUUGAGAUUCGUAGAUCUAAAGGCCAAGAGUUUCGAAACUGAAAUCUCAACGUGCAUCAACGUCAACAGGUUCAGUCAAAAAACAACUCCAUUAACCGAAGAGGAAAUGAAAUCGCCGGAGAUAAAAACGCCACCUUCACCUGCGAAGCAGCCGAAAACGCCUUCACAAGAGGAGAUCGACGAGUUUUUCACAGUAGCUGAAAACUACGAGCAAAAACGAUUCAUGGAAAAUUUUUUCUUUUUAUUUUUGCAGGUACAACUAUGAUAUUGUCAAGGAUAUGGCAGUCGACGGUCGAUACCAGUGGGUUCGGUUAAAGCCCUGAAAGACAGAAGAAGAGAGAUGCUAGAGUUACACAAAGUAGCACGGAUUUUUGCGUUAGUCACUUAAUUUGUACAGUUAAGAAGCAAGCCUUUUUUUUUGUUUAUUUUUUUCUUUUGGGUAAAACAAUAGUAAAAAAGUUUUAAUUAUGUCCAUAGUGUUCAUAUACUUUGGACUUUUACUUUUAAUUUUAUAAAUUUAAUCUUUUAUUUA